ACUCAGUUCCACCUCUGAUUUUGUGCUGGUGAGAAUGUUGCGUCUGUUCAGCAGCCGUUUUUACUGCAAAAUUGCAACAAAAUCGAAUGAAAAGGCCACUAAAUUGGACUUCAAGCAGCUAACGCAUCCCACCAAGGUGCCACAGACACCAGUGGACUCGAAGUUUCCCGACACCAGCGCCUCCGAAAUCCAGAUCGACACGAAAACCAUCCAGUUGCUGGAGCGGCUGUCGCUGGUGGAUCUGGAUAGCGAACGAGCGCUGGCCACGCUAAAGAGCAGCAUACAGUUCGCGGACAAGAUUGCCCAUAUCAACACGGAGCACGUGCGUCCACUGUACACGGUCCUGGAGCAUCAGCAGCUCCAGUUACGCAACGACCAGGUGACCGAAGGCGAUUGCCGGGCGGAGGUGCUCCGGAACGCCAAGGUGACGGACGAGGACUACUUCGUUUCGCCGCCGGGCAACAUUCCGCUGGAGCAAUGAGUCGCAUACAACGAUGCUUUAAGUCCCUGGCUUCCGCUGGCUUCUUUCGCACCGUGGAAGACAAUAAACUGGAGCUACUGAGUCAUGGAAGGGAAUACGCCAAACUGUUGCAACAGCAUUGGACACGACUACGUCCCUUGGCUGCGCACCUGGGCGCCACGAAAGAACCCAUAAAUCCAGUCAACAUCCAGCGUUUUUCCUUUCCACAAAGCCAGCAAUUCCGUAACAAUUUCCAAAAACUCGUCAAAGAUCAUCCUCGAAAGGCCAAAUGUCCCACUCUUCUGAAACAUCAAAGCACUUGUUCUGGUCCCACUAGCAAUUCCCUAUUUGGGAUAAAGGGUCCUACGCUACAUUUAACCACGGACUUCCUAGUGGAACCACAUCGCGCACUGGAGCACUUCUACAACAUGCAGCGUGAGAGCAAGAUCUGGUGGAUGCGUCUUUCCUCGAAUCCCAGUCGCUACCGCAUCGUACCUUGCGAUUUGGCUGAGGAUCUCAAUCCCAACGACUAUCAAGCCAUCGAUAUCCGCACGAGCUACGGUGAUGCAGGAGAAGUGACCGUGGAGCAACUGAGCCUGGUGAGAAUAGUGGACGACAAAGACUUCCGGCUGCCCGAUGCGCGAACGGGUGAAAUUGUGCAACCGACUGUCAUAAGGUCUGUGAUAGAGCUGGAAACUACCACCUGCGCUCUGCUUCUGGAUGGCUGUGAUCAUGGCCGGGACUCGCAAUCCCUGCUCUUACACCGCGUUCUGGCGCCAUAUCAAUGUGGAAUUGCCUGUGUGGAAAGUGAUUCCGAGCUAUCUGCUGACUUGUCUGAUCUUUGUCAGCAUCUGAAACAUGUUCUCAACCACGCCGGUCUUAGACUUUCUGAAGGGGAUGGAAUUCGUACGACGAAGAACGCUUCUCAUUUAGCAGAGCACUUGCUGGAAACGGAUAUGCUCGGCAUACCUUAUACACUUGUUAUAAACGAGCAAACGCUAAGAAACGGACUGAUGCAGUUGCGCAGCCGGGACACAAGGCUGGCGGAGACCAUACACAUAAGCGAUGUACCGGACUAUUUAUUAAAUAUAUUUAAAAACUAAAAAAAAC